AUGGAGCCUUUACUCUUUACUCUUUUACAUAUGGUAAUAGCCAUCAUCAAUUUUUCUAAAGGUAAUGGGACUGCUUGUAUACUGCAAGGAGAGCAUGUAUAUCCAAAGCUAUGGAAGGAUGGUGAUAUCAUUAUUGGAGGGAUUUUUCCCUUCCAUAGUACUUGGGAGAUCACAGACUUGUCUUAUUUGGUCAUGCCACAACCAAUGAAGUGCAUGAGUCUUGAUUUCAGAGCCUUUCAGUAUUCACAGUCCUUGAUCUUUGCAACAGAAGAGAUUAACAACAGUACCACUUUACUGCCUGGAAUCUCACUGGGUUACAAGAUAUUUGAUACCUGCAGUUCAUCAACAAUGGGAGCACGAGUCGCAAUGACACUUGUUAAUGGAAAUGAGAACUCAGUCUUGGAUGAGAUCUGCCCAAAGUCAGCCCAGGUGCAGGCCAUAAUCGGCGAGACAUUCUCUUCUGUGUCCAUGGCUAUUGCACAGAGUAUUGGACCUUUCAGCAUUCCCUUAAUCAGUCAUUUUUCCACCUGCGAGUGUCUCAGUGACAAGAGGAAAUAUCCCUCAUUCCUGCGCACUAUUCCUAGUGAUUAUUACCAGAGCAGAGCACUUGCAGAGAUGGUCAAGCACUUUGGCUGGACCUGGGUGGGAGCAAUGAGGAGAGAUGAUGACUAUGGUAACAGUGGGAUGGCUGCAUUUACUGAAGCUGCAGAACAGUUGGGCAUCUGCUUAGAAUAUUCCCUUCCAUUUUUUAGAACCUAUUCACAAGAAAAAGUGCAAAGAAUUGUUGAGCAAAUCAAAAGCUCUACUUCACAAGUAAUUAUUGGAUUCCUUGACAACUGGGACUUGGAGAGUUUGCUGCCAGUAUUUCUUGAGCACAACAUCACUGGAUUCCAGUGGGUCGGAACUGAAGCCUGGAUCUUUAAUUCACAACUGGCCACAAUGGACAAACACCAUAUAUUGCAAGGAGCUAUAGGGCUAGCUAUCCCCAAAUCAACAGUGAUGGGUCUGCAGGACUUCAUUUUAGAUAUACAUCCACUGAAAUCUGUAGGCAGUGCCAUUUUUACUGAAUUCUGGGAGGCUUUGUUUAGCUGUACAUAUGCAGUGCAAAAUGAUUCAGAGGACACACCAGCUUGCACUGGUAACGAGAAGCUGUCUGAGGUGGAAAACACAUUUACUGAUAUGACUCCGAUGGCAAUAUUCAAUAAUGUGUAUAAAGGAGUAUAUGCAAUUGCUCAUACCUUACAUGAGCUUCUUGGCUGCAAGCAAACAUGUUCUACAAAGAAACAGCCUGAUCCUUUCACCUUUCUACAACAGCUUAAGAGAGUGCAUUUCAAAACUAAAGCAGGUGAAGAUGUUUUCUUUGACAAAAAUGGUGACCCUGCAGCAAAGUAUGAGAUAAUAAACUGGCAUUUGAAUAAAGAGAAUCAGCAUGAGUUUGUUACUGUUGGACAUUAUGACUCAUCUCUAACUGGUCAUGAUCAUUUACUCGUAAAUGUGACCUCUAUUAUGUGGGCACAAAAUACAAAAAAGGUACCAAUUUCUGUGUGCAGUGAGAGCUGUCCUCCUGGAACAAGGAAGGCUGCACAGAAAGGAAAGCCAAUCUGCUGUUUUGACUGCAUACCAUGUGCUGAAGGCGAGAUCAGUAAUAUGACAGAUUCAACUGAAUGUCAACAAUGCUAUCAAGAUUACUGGUCAAAUCCUAAGAGAGAUGAAUGUGUGAAGAAGGAAAUUGAAUACUUGUCCUACAAAGAAACUAUGGGAAUUUUGCUGACAGCUGUUUCUGUUACUGGGGCAUUUAUGACACUGGUAAUAGCAAUCAUAUUUUUUAGACAUAAAAAUUCCCCAAUAGUCAAGGCCAACAACUCUGAGCUGAGCUUCCUGCUGCUCUUCUCUCUAACACUGUGUUUCCUUUGUUCGCUUACUUUCAUUGGACGGCCCUCUCAGUGGACCUGUAUGCUGCGAUACACAGCAUUUGGCAUCACCUUUGUCAUCUGCAUCUCCUGUGUACUGGGAAAAACAUUAGUGGUGUUAAUGGCCUUCAGGGCUACAGUUCCAGGCAGUAAUGUCAUGAAAUGGUUUGGGCCUCCUCAACAGAGACUCAGUGUUCUUUUUUUCACUCUCAUACAGGUCCUUAUUUGUGUGCUUUGGUUGACAAUAUCCCCUCCUUUCCCCGCUAAAAACCUAAAGAGCUACAAGGAAAAAAUCAUUCUAAAAUGUCAUUUGGGUCCAAACCUAGGUUUUUGGGCUGUGCUGAGUUAUAUAGGAUUUUUAGCUCUUUUAUGUUUUGUGUUGGCUUUUCUAGCUCGAAAGUUGCCUGAUAAUUUUAAUGAAGCCAAAUUUAUCACAUUUAGUAUGCUAAUCUUCUGUGCAGUUUGGCUCACUUUUAUUCCAGCUUAUGUCAGUUCUCCUGGAAAAUUCACUGUAGCUGUUGAGAUAUUUGCCAUUUUAGCAUCAAGCUUUGGCUUGCUAUUCUGUAUCUUCCUUCCAAAGUGUUACAUUAUAAUGCUAAAACCUGAGAGGAAUACAAAAAAUAAAAUUAUGGGCAAAGUUAUGUGAACUACUAGACUUUUUUUGUUGUAG